UAGAAUAGUGUUUUGUGUUUGAGAUUAUUUUAGACACAAGAUGGGUUAUUUAGUGAUUUACAUAAAUAUAUUUUUUGUUGCAAAAAGUUCUAGGACGAAAUUCAUAAUUUUUUAGGACCAAAAAAAUAGUUGGUUGGUAAAUAACUUUCUCGUAACUAUUAAGGCUCGAAACUUGAAUUUUCAUCUGAAAAGUUUAUUAGUAAUAUUGUGUAAACCUGACGAAAUUUUCAUUCCAAGCAACAAUAUUUUCUAUUUUACACAAUCUUGAUAGAAUAAAAUUGUUUAAAAAUAUAUAUUUAAUCAGGAUUGUUCAAGAUUGUGUAUUUGUAGUUGAAUUUGUUAACAACUAACAAUUAAUAAAUUAUAUUUAAAUAUUAAUAUUUUCUCUUUUACUAAAGUGUCAUUUUAAUACUCUUACAUAUAUAUAAUUAAAAAGAUAUAUAAUUAAUUUAAUUUAUUUAAUAAUUUAAUAAUUAUGUUUAUAUCAAAAUUAUUAUUUUAAGAAUAAAUUUUACAAUUAAAAGCUGUUGUUAAAUAGUAUUUUACAUUUAAAAUAUAAUAAUUAUAUUCUAAAUGUGAAAUACUAUUUAAAAAAUAUUUUAUUGUAAAUUUAUUUUAGAAAUCAAAAUUUUAUUUUCUGGAUAUAAAAAUAAUUUUAUAUAUUAUUAAAUAAAAUAAAUGAAUGAAUUAUAUAUUUUCCUAAAUUUUAUAAAUUAUAAAUGUAAAUGCUCUUCUAAAAGCUUCAUAUGAAAGAAUUGACCAGAGAACAUUUGGAGAGCAUUAACGUUUAAUAAAUGCUUUUCUAAAUAUUUUUUUAAUAAAUGUUGAUUGGAUUAUGUAUAAUAUAAUGUUAAUGCUAAUGCUCUACCAAUCAAGACCUAAUUGAGUUACUAAAUUACAAUCUUAGUUUGUUGACUUUAAUUCUGCAAUAAUGACUACAAGAUUUAAAAUAUAUUAAGUGGUUGCCAAAUAAUUAGUCAAAUAUGUAAAUUAUUCAUUACAGUCUCUUCAUAAACAUUAAAUGUCUACAAACAAUAUACCAUAUUUCUAUACAUCUAUUUUCCUAUAAAUAUAUUAAAGCACAAAACUAAAAAACAUACCAAAAACCAAACUCUCCAAGUCCUAAAAAGGUGACAAUGAAAAAUACAAAAGGAAAGCAAAAGAUCGAAAUGAAGGAGGUGGAAGACUACGAAAACAGAAUGACUACGUUUUCAAAACGUAAAACUGGGAUCUUCAAGAAGAUGAACGAGCUCGUUGCACUAUGCGGUGUGGAAGCAGCUUUCGUGGCUUUCUCUGAAACCGGAAAGUCUCACACAUUCGCACAUCCGUCUAUGGAAGAUGCUGCUGGUCGACUGAAGAGCCCUUUGAUAGAUGAAUCGCCCAGGAAAGACGAUACCAAUACUGAUUCGCUAGUGGGAGCUUAUAAGAGUCAAAAGAACGAAGAUCUCAAGAAAUUGUAUGCUGAUUUCGCUGAAGAGUUGGAAAUGGAAAAGGAAAAGGAAAAAAAAUUGAAGAAAUCAAAAAGUGACAAAAGGUUUGACAAAAUGUGGUGGAAUGCUGAAGGCUUGAGCGUGGAAGAGCGGAAGCAGCUGCACCAACGUUUUGUGGAGUUAAAUGUUACCUUAUGCGGUAAGGUUUCACAACAGUUUAGAAAAGACGGUGAUGGUUCUGAUCUUGCUGGACAUGGACAUUAGGGUGUGGUGAAGCCGAUGGGUGUGAAUAAAUUUGAAUUAAUCUCUUCGUAUUUGAAUAAUUGUUUUUAUGUUGUUUUUCUUUGUCGUUGUCUUGAUACAUUUAGUUAUAUGGUUGGGUGAUAAUUUGAAUUGUUGUUUUUAUGUUGUUUUUCUCUUGUCUUUUAGUCGUUGUCUUUUGAAUUUCAUUAUAAAUUUUAUGUUUACAAUCUUCUCGGACUUAAAAGGCAAAAAUCAUAAUGGUAUAAUUAGAUUCAUA